GGAGGAGGAGCAGCGGGCGCCGGGCUGCUCCCCGCCGGAGCCCCCAGCAUGGUUGACUAUAUUGUGGAGUAUGACUACGAUGCUAUCCAUGAUGAUGAGUUAACGAUCCGAGUUGGGGAAGUCAUCAGGAACGUGAGGAAGCUGCAGGAGGAAGGAUGGCUGGAAGGGGAACUGAACGGGAGGAGAGGAAUGUUUCCUGAUAAUUUUGUUAAGGAAAUUAAGAAAGAGACAGAAUCCAAGGAUGACAGUUUGCCCAUCAGGCGGGAAAGGCACGGGAAUGUAGCAAAUCUCGUACAACGAAUAAGUACCUAUGGACUUCUGCCUGGAGGAAUUCAGCCACUUCCACAAACCAAAAACAUUAAGAAGAAGACCAAGAAGCGUCAGUGUAAAGUUCUCUUUGAAUACAUUCCACAAAAUGAGGAUGAACUGGAGCUUAAAGUGGGAGAUAUUAUUGAUAUUAGUGAAGAGGUAGAAGAAGGCUGGUGGAGUGGAACCCUGAACAACAAGUUGGGACUGUUUCCCUCCAAUUUUGUGAAAGAAUUAGAGGUAACAGGUGAUGUUGAAACUCACGAAGCCCAGGAAGAUUCAGAAGCUGUUCUGACUGGGCCUACCUCACCUUCACCCCUCUCUCUGGGGAAUGGGACUGAAAACGCACCUGGAUCAGUUACCCAGCCAAAGAAAAUCCGAGGAAUUGGAUUCGGAGAUAUUUUCAAAGAAGGCUCUGUGAAACUGAGGACAAGAACAUCCAGUAGUGAAACAGAGGAGAAAAAACCAGAGAAGCCUUUAAUCACACAGUCACUAGGAUCCAAAACUCAGAGUGUGGAGAUAACAAAAACAGACACUGAAGGUAAAAUUAAAGCUAAGGAAUACUGUAGAACGCUAUUUGCCUAUGAAGGUACUAAUGAAGAUGAACUGACUUUUAAAGAGGGGGAGAUAAUACAGUUGAUAAGCAAGGAGACUGGAGAAACUGGCUGGUGGAAGGGUGAACUGAAUGGUAAAGAAGGAGUAUUUCCAGACAAUUUUGCUGUUCAGAUAAAUGAACUGGAUAAGGACUUUCCUAAACCAAAGAAACCACUACCACCUGCUAAGGGUCCAAUUUCAAAGCCUGAGCUGGUAGGUACCGAGAAGAAGUAUUUUCCUGCAAAGCCUGAGGAAAAAGAAAAAUUGGAUGAAAAAUCAAUGCUGGAACAGAAACCUUCUAAACCAGCUGCUCCACUAGUCCCACCCAAGAAGCCUGUUCCACCCACCAAAGCCAGUAAUUUAUUGAGAUCUGGAGCAGUGUACCCAAAGCGCCCUGAGAAACCGGUUCUUCCACCUCCUCCUGUAGCCAAGAUUAAUGGAGAUGUUUCUACCAGCUUAUCAAAAUUUGAAGCUGAGCCAGUAUCAAAACCAAAGCUAGAUUCUGAACAGUUACCACUUAGACCAAAAUCAGUAGACCUAGAUUCAUUUACAGUUAGAAGCUCUAAAGAAACAGAUCUUGUAAAUUUUGAUGACAUAGCCUCCUCAGAGAACUUACUACAUCUCACUGCAAAUAGACCGAAGAUGCCUGGAAGAAGACUGCCUGGCCGCUUCAAUGGUGGACAUUCUCCAACUCACAGCCCAGAAAAAACCUUGAAGUUACCAAAAGAAGAUGACAGUGCCAACCUAAAGCCAUCUGAACACAAGAAGGAUUCAUGCUACUCUCCAAAGCUCCCUGUGCACCUUCCAACACCUUCAAGUACCUCUAAACCAAAUACAGCUACUUUUCUAACUCCAUUAGAGAUGAAAGCGAAGGUAGAAGCAGAAAAUUCCUUGGAUGAACUUAAAGCUCAGAUUGUUGAAUUGCUGUAUGUUGUGGAAGCGCUGAAAAAGGACCAUGGGAAAGAACUGGAUAAACUACGAAAAGAUUUGGAAGAAGAGAAGGAAAUGAGAAGUAAUCUAGAGGUGGAAAUAGAGAAGCUGAAAAAAGCAUUCCUGUCUUCCUGAGGUGACGGGCACCCAGUGUUCUCAAUGUUCCAGGGAUUCAGAAGCAAC